AUGGGAGAAUUUGCACAGUUCUAUUGUUGUUACUUUCUGCAAUCGGUAGAGCAUCGACAGUCUUUCUACAUUGGCUCUUCGCCUAAUCCACCUAGAAGAUUGAGACAGCAUAAUGGUGAUUUAGUGAAAGGUGGUGCAUAUAGAACAAAAAGGAGUGGUACUAGACCCUGGGAAAUGAUUCUGAUAGUGUAUGGGUUUCCGAAUAAGAUUAUUGCUUUACAGUUUGAGCAUGCUUGGCAACAUGGGUACAAAACAAGAUUUAUUAAAGGAGAAGAGAGAAUAAUCAACAAGAAGAAUUCUGGAUCUGCAGGUAGAAAUAUACAUUAUAAGUUAGCUCUUAUUAGACAGCUACUAAAUCAUCCAUUUUUCAAAGCUAUGAAUCUUGGUGUACAGUUCUUUAAUAGUAAUGUAACCACUCUAUUUGAACAGAAUAAAUUUGGAAUUAGUUUAGAUCCAUGUUAUGAAAAUUGGAACAAAAUCAAUACCUCUGAAAAUGCUCUCUCUCUUUCCAGAUAUGAUCUGAAAAGAUUAACUGUUGACGAUCUCUCUGAGAUUUCCGAACAAAAUAAAGAUUUGGUAUCACAUUUCUAUAAUUCAUCUAUAAAACUUGAUGAAUUACGAAUGAAGCGAUAUACAGAACGAGCCAUGGAUGGCGUCCUUACGUGUGGCUUGUGCUUCAUCAUGUACAAUUACACUUCUGAGGAUGAGAGCUUGAAGCCAUUAAUAGCAUUCUGCACUAAUGAAGAUUGCGAUUUUCUUUCAGAAGUGAGUUGUCUUUGUCGAAAGUUCAUAGCAGAGGAAGUAGAUGAAAGAGACAAAAAUCUAGUAUUAAUACCCAGAGGUGGUCAUUGUCCAAAAUGUAAUACACUGUUAGAAUGGACAACAGUUAUAAAAUAUUCCUCUAUGUUAAAAGAAAUAUCUCGUAAAUAA